UACAAUAUGAAUGCUUUUCCUCCUUUUCACUAUUUCUUAUUGGCCAUACUUUUGUUGAUUGCGGUAAAAGCGCCCACUAACCGAAGCACUGAGAUAACAAAAAACAGCCAUGCUAAACGAGUUAUAGGUGCCAUUAUAGAUGGCAGUUCACGUAUUGGUAAAGAACAGAAAGUAGCUUUGGAGAUGGCAAUGGAGGAUUUCUGCGAGUUCAGCAAUCAGAGUUUUCUUCUUCAAAUAGAAGACUCUCACGGUGAACCCAUUCGAGCAGGUCUAGCAGCUAUAGCUCUUAUCAAGUCACACCAUGUGCAACUCAUUCUAGGACCAUGUACAUGGGAAGAGGCAUCAUUGGUUGCUGACAUUGGCAACAAAAAUCAAAUUCCAAUUCUGUCUUUUGCUGAUGUUACUCCCAAUUGGGCAAUCGAGCAAUGGCCAUUUUUGGUCCAAGCAUCACCUAAUCAGCAUGGACAAAUGAAAGCCAUAGCAGCUAUUGUUAAGUCUUGGGAAUGGCAUCAGGUCACUAUGAUAUAUGAAGAUACAGAUUCCUCAGUCAAUGGAGUCUUGCCUCACCUCUUUGACGCCUUAAAAGAAGCAGGAGUACGAAUAAUACAUCAUCUAUCUCUUGGACCUCUCACCACUACUAAUUCCUUGUCUAAGGAGCUUGAGAGGCUACAAAGUGGGCAAUGUAGAAUUUUCGUGGUUAAUUUGUCAUUUUUGUUGGCCAUUCGUCUAUUUGAAAAAGCAAAUAAAAUGAAGAUGAUGGAAAAUGGUUAUGUGUGGAUUACAACCAACUCCAUGACAAGUCUUGUGCACUCCAUUGAUGCCUCUAUCAUCUCUUACAUGCAAGGAGUAAUGGGGGUCAGGAGCUACUUCCCAGAAAAUGAGCCUCAUUUUCAAGACUUUUAUUUCAAAUUUUGCAAAAAGUUUGCCUCGAAAUAUCCUGAAGAGAAAAACCACGAACUAGGGAUUUUUGCAUUGCAAGCCUAUGAUGCUCUAUGGUCAGUGUGUCUAACAAUGAUGGAGAGCAACAAGGUGGGGCAACAGUUACUAGAUAAAAUAUUACUAAGUGAUUUUCAAGGCUUAAGCGGAAGGGUUCAGUUUUUUAACAAAAAAUUGGCUCCUGGACAAAUAUUUCAAAUCAUUAAUAUGAUAGGAAAGAGUUACCAGGAACUUGGAUUUUGGUCAAGUAAAUUAGGUUUCUCAAAAACUAUUGCAGAGAAUGUUACUUACAAUUCUUCUAUGAGAAACUUAGGGCAAGUGAUUUGGCCAGGGGGGCCUUGGUAUACUCCAAAAGGAUGGACAUUAUCGACAACUGCUGAACCCUUAAGAAUUGGGGUGCCUACUAGAUCUUUAUUCAAAAAUUAUGUUAAUGUGGAAUAUGAUCUCUUGGAAAAUAAAAGUCUCUUCAGUGGAUUUUCCAUCGAUCUCUUCAAAGCAACUGUAGAACAAUUGCCAUUCUAUUUGCCUUACAAUUUCUAUCCCUUCAAUGGAACAUAUGAUGCUUUGGUUGAACAAAUUCAUCUAAAGAAGUUUGAUGCAGUUGUUGGAGAUGUAGCAAUAGUGGCCAAUCGAUAUAAGCAUGCCGAAUUCACACACCCCUAUACCGAAUCAGGACUGGUAAUGAUAGUUCCGGUUCAAUCAAAAACAUGCAAUAAGGCAUGGUUAUUCCUGAAGCCCUAUACGAAUGCCAUGUGGGUACUAAUAGGAGCAAUAAAUGUCUACAAUGGCUUAGUUGUAUGGCUCAUAGAAAGACAUUACUGGCCUGAACUUAAAGGCUCUGCACUGAAUCAAAUGAUAACCUUGUUGUGCUUAGCCUUCACAACACUAUUCUCUUUACAUGGAAAAAAACUGCAUAGCAGUCUGUCACGGAUGACAAUGGUGGCAUGGAUAUUUGUGGCAUUAGUUAUUAUGCAGAUUUACACAGCCAAUCUCACCACCAUGCUCACCGUCCAACAGCUUGAACCCACUGUAAAUGACAUUGAGACACUGCAAAAGAGCAAUGCAAUAGUUGGUUGCUCCAGAGCAGCCUUUGUUGGGAAAUAUUUGGUGGAGGUAUUGGGCUUCAAUCCAAAAAAUAUCAAGAAUUAUACCUCACCUGAUGAAUAUGCUGAAGACCUGAUAAAUAGAGAGAUAGCAGCCAUAUUUCUUGAAAUUCCUGUGGCCAAGUUAUUCCUUGCAAGAUACUGCAAGGGCUUUACGACAGCCGGGCCAGUCUAUAAAGUUGGAGGAUUCGGUUUUGCAUUUCCUAAGGGAUCUCCUUUGCUUCCCAGCAUAAUUGAAGCCUUACUAAAGGUAUUUGAAAGUGGCAAACUAAGGGAAUUAGAGAAUAGCAUGCUUGCAUCUCAAGUGUGUAUGGAUGUUGAAUCAUAUGAUGAAAUCCCUAGUCUUAACACCAAUAGCUUUUUGGUAUUAUUCAUAUUAACAGGAGGCACAUCAACAAUGGUGCUAGUGAUCUAUAUCUUUCGUUUGGAUAAUUCCAUGCUUGUACACAAAACUAUCUGGAGACUAAUGUUGGCAGUAAUAAGACACUGGAGCCAUGGGAAGAAGUGGUUUUUCAGAAGAGUCAACAAUGCAAGAAUUUCAAAUACAAGGGAGACUAUUCAACUUUAG